AUGAAUACAUUCAGUCGGUCCAUGUGGACUCUGUUCUUACUAUUCGGCGCUGCCGUCGCCCACGGUGGCCAUGAGGCUGUUCCGCAGGGCGAGUCUGUCUCGAAGGAUCCUAUCGAUGGGAUCCUAUGGACGCAUAUGAUUCUGAUGGGGUUCGCUUUUGGAAUUGUCUUUCCGCUGGGUAUGGUUCUCGGGAUCGUUCGCUCUCGCUGGCACGUUCCCGUUCAGGUCGUCGGCACUGUCGUCGCUGUUUUGGCUUACUUCCUCGGCCACGCACACAAGGGCCGCCAAUUCGACAAAAACCUCCACGCCUCAUUCGCAAACUGGCUGAUGCUCAUGCUGAUUGUGCAAGUCGUCCUGGGCGCUUACCUUAAGCUGCACCUCGAGAAAGCAGGACAGGGUCGCAUCCGUUGGAUCUUCGUGUUGGCACACGGUAUCAUUGGCAAGAUCAUGCCCGUUGUCAGCUGGGCGCAGAUGCUCUUUGGUGGUAUUGCCUCGCUGGGCUUCUGUCGUGGUGAUCACCUCGGCCAGUGUCUGGCUCAUUUCAUUAUGGGUAGUGCAUUCAUCGGGUAUGGUGUUUGCUUGACUAUCCUCCUUCUCGUUGGCCAGUUCUGGUUGCGCAAGACGGGUCGCAGUCAGGAGUUCUUCGAUUCGUUGAUUAUCGCUGCUUGGGGCUGUGUCAAUACUUUCACUGAGCAUCGCUGGGGUACUGCUUGGGUUCAUAACGACCUCCAGCAUACUACUAUGGGUAUUGUCUGGUGGUGUGCUGGUCUGCUGGGUAUGUGGUUGAGCCGCAGCCGCAAUGGCCGUCCCAAGCGCAACCUCAUUCCUGCUCUUGUUAUCUUGAUAACUGGAUAUGCUAUGUCUGCUCAUCCCCAGGAGCUGAUGAUCAGUACUAUGAUUCACUCCAUCUUUGGAUAUACUCUCAUGGCUGCGGGUCUCACCCGUAUCAUUGAGAUCUCAUUUGUGCUGAGGGAUAAGCCUGCGCUCUCCGAGCCGAACAGCUUCCAAUACUUGACCCCCUUCCUGCUCUACGCCUCCGGAUUCCUCUUCCUGGGCGCCACAGAGGAACAAAUGCUCCUCCUCCACAAUGCAGGAGUAACCCACGUCGCCUACGUCCUGAUUCUAUACAGCAUCGCUUUCAUCUGCUUCCUCUUCGUCAACAUCCUCCUGCACAUCUACGCCGUGCACGCCUGGCCAAACUCCGAAUCCACAGACCAGAACGGUCCCAAGUACUCCUCUCUAAACGGAAACGCAAACGGCCAUGCACGCUCUACCUCACAGCAGAUCCAAGAUGCGGAGGCUUUCGAGCUUCAUGGUUUGAUUUCUGAUGAUGAGGAGGGUCCUUCUGUGGGACCGAGGAAGAACAGUGAUGAGGAACUUGGGAAGGACGAGUCCCAUCAUUGA